CACCACCAAAACUCAAAGACUUUAUUCACAUUUCACAAAAAAAAACAUUGCUUCAGCAUUCAAAAGCUAUUUCUUCAUUUAAUACUUCCUCCACAUGCUAAAGAAAUAUGGCAAUCAGUAUGGGGCGCAUUCUCCGUGGGAAGCAAGGAGGCCUCAGAAGGUCUUCCUCAAGAACAAACAGAGAAAGUGAGGUUCCUAAGGGCCACUUUGCAGUUUAUGUAGGGGAGGGCGAGAAGAAACGUUUUGUCCUUCCAAUAACAUACUUGAAGGACCAUUCAUUCCAAGAACUGCUAUGUCAAGCUGAAGAAGAAUUCGGAUUUGAUCAUCCAAUGGGUGGGCUUACGAUUCCUUGUCCUGAGGAUACCUUCCUCGACAUCAUCUCUAGCAUGAGUAGUAGAUCGUGAUACACUUCACAUAUCUUAGUUCCUAGGCAUCAAAACAAUUUUGUAGGGAAGCUUAUUCUUGUACAAUGUUCUAUUCUUUUCCUUCCUGCUCUCUUUAGUAUUGUUUUUUAUCCCCACACUUUCAUACAUUUCUUUGAUUCCGGAAAUCCAAACAUAUCCCAGAAUGCAGGCAGCAAAGAUUUGGGCUCAUCAACCUGUAAAGUGCCUCCAUUGAUUACAGUACUCAACAUCCAAAGAAGCAGCCAAGUAGCUCCAUUUCAUUUAAGAACUUAUUGCUAAGGAACUGUUUUAAGCAGGAAAGAGAAUUUUAAGCAUGGCUGAAAGAAAAACUUUCCACUCCAAAGGGCCAUUGACACCUACUCUUCACACUACUCUCCAACUUCAUUACCUCACAUUCUAAUGAUUCAAAAUUCUUUCUUCUGAAUGAUCAAUGCUGGCUGACUCUAGCUCCAUUAUGCAAAACAGUUACUAAAAAUGCCAUUCUGCUCAGGAUCUUUCAACCAGCAUUUGCCCCAAUCUCUGCCUUGCCAAAAUAUUACUUCCAUACAUGAGGCUGUAAAAAGUAUGGUUUGAGCUUUCUCUUCAGGCAACCCCUUUGUAACAUUCCAAAUAAAGAAGCCAUUCAUCAUUAAAAGAAGAGAAACCAGAAUGCCCCACUUAACUUCUAGGAAGACGCACUUAUGGGCACCAGUGGACACACUUCUGUGCCCUUCUUGGUGUAGUG